AUGUCGAAGCUCUGGGAGGUGGAUCCUGAGACGAGGAGUAAAAAAACGAACGGGAACGACCGGUGUUGCGACUGUGGUGCUCCCUCGCCGCAAUGGGCUUCUCCCAAAUUCGGCACUUUCAUCUGCCUCAACUGCGCGGGAAUACACAGGGGACUGGGUGUUCAUAUAUCCUUCGUGCGGAGCAUAACUAUGGACGCGUUUAAGAUGGCCGAAAUACAGCGAAUGGAGCAUGGAGGGAAUGAACCUUGGAAAUCAUUUUUCAGCAAUCACUCUACAACGAUGGCGGAGGGCACGACCUUCGAUGAUGCUACGAUAAAUGAGAGAUACAGUGGCGAGGUUGGCGAGGAGUGGAAAGCGAGAUUGACCGCCAAAGUGGAAGGUAGAGAGUAUGUGCCCGGUGAGGAGAAGAAGAAUAGUAAUAUUUCGAGGACCAGCACCCCUACUACCUUGGGGGAUAGCAGAGCGGAUCAGACAAGGGGGAUAUCACCUGCGGGGGUGAGGAAUAUUAGGCCUAGCAAACAACAAAACGAGGAAUAUUUUGCUAGGCUAGGUGGAGAGAAUGCUACUCGGUCCGAAAGCUUGCCUCCAUCGCAAGGGGGGAGAUUCACCGGGUUUGGAGGCGGGAUGCCUGCGUCGAGACAGACUUCUCAGCUAAAUGACACGAUGCCGGGAAUCAACGACUUCCAAGCCGACCCCGUUGCGGCAUUGACGAAAGGAUUCGGGUGGUUUACAACUACGAUCGGCAAGGGCGCGAAGACUGUGAACGAUACCUACUUGCAACCGGCCGCUAAAUCGCUUUCUGAAUCCGACUUCGCCGCUCAAGCACGUCUAGCUGCAGCGGAGGUAUCUCGAAACGCCACGACCUCAUUCAAUCGCUUCGUUGAGGGCGCGGAUGGCCACGACAGGUCCGCAUCCGCACCUAGGCACUUCGAGCCCGAGAGAAAAGAUUUUUGGGAUGAUUUUGCUACUCUCGGGGAAGAGAGGAGCAGGGGAUCAAGCGCUACGACUCCCGCAAAAUCUGGGGCAAUCGGAACAGCAGCUAUGAAAAAGAACCCUCAGACCGGCGGUUCAGGCGCGAGUGCUGGGGCUGGCUCCGCAGGCAAGGGUAAAGAUGAUUGGGAUAAUAGCUGGUAG